AUGAAUUCAUAUCAAGUUAGUCUCCCACUACUUAUUUCAUUUUUCUAUGUCUUCUAUCAAAUAGUUAUUGCAACUGCAACUCCACCCGCAAAUAAUUCAAGUGGAUACAGUGUUUUGCAAAAACACGUUGCAUAUUUUGAUAGGAACCACGAUGGAAUCAUUUAUCCAAAAGAAACUUUUGAAGGAUUUAGAGCGUUGGGUUUUGGAGUUGCAGCAUCAACAAGGGCUGCGGCUUUAAUUCAUGCCGCUACUAGCCAAAAAACUCGUCCGGUAUAUUUCUCUCUCAUUUUCCUAAUUUACUUAUUAAUCAUACAUGAUUUUAGGUUUGUGGCUUCAAAAUUUGAAGAAAUUUUCAGCAAGCAUGCAAAACAACAUGCAAAUGCUUUAACGAAUGAUGAAUUGAAGGAGAUGCUGAAGGCAAAUAGAGAACCUAGGGAUUUCCAAGGAUGGGUGCAAGCCGAAUUAGACUGGAAGGUAUUAUAUGAUAUAGCCAAAGAUAAGAAUGGCUUACUCCACAAAGAUACUGCAUAUGGUGUUUAUGAUGGAAGUUUGUUUGAACGUCUCGAAAAGGAACACUCCAAAAUCAAGAAUAUUAAUUAA